GCUGCUGAGGACUCUGCUGUUCCUGAGGAGAAGAUGAGCUCUCCCCCCGUCAGUAAGAUCCCCAGAUAUAAAGGCCCCAGUCUCAGAGGACAGAGUCAGACAGCAGCCAAGGACUCGGAGCGCGAGUCGUCUCUGGGGAAAGGAGACUUCCAGCAGCAGGUCUCCAGACCCGGCGAGGCGUCCCACAGCAGGACGUGCUCCUCCGGUCUGAAGAAGGAUGGUGUGGACCUGGACCUGGAGGACGAGCCCGACGAGGGAGACUCUUUCUUUGAUGACCCGCUGCCCAAACCGCAGAAGACCUACGGCUGGAAGGUGGAGACGUCCAGGCCUAGAGAAAGUCCAGCAGGGUCCCUGUCCGAGGCCCAGAGACCAGGAGGAAGAGGAGGAGGAGGAGGAGGAGGAAGCAGUGUGUCAGAGCAGAGCCACAGCAGGAACGGUGCGUCGAACUCCAGAGAACGAGACUUCAGAGACUCAAAGGCCCCAAACGAUAAAACCGGAUCUCUGCAUUUAGAUGACGAUGUUGAAUAUGACGAUGACUUUAACAGCCAUCGGUCCGACCUCUCCAAGAGCGAGCUCAGCAUCGGUGAGGAGAUUGAGGAAGUUUCCAUCGAGGGACCCGACAACAGUGACAAGUUGGAUGAGACCACCCAGGACCUGAGUGUGUCUCAGCUCAGUCAGAGUCACGGAGUCGACUACAUGGAGGAAGUGGCCUGACCCUCACAUCACCCAACACCCUCUGCUCUCCCAUCAUGCACCUCUUUGUAUCGUCAAUAUUUAAGUCUGUACAGUUUCAAUGAACAAAUAAAUAAAUGGAUUUGUAUCGAAA